UGGGGGAAACUAAAGGCAGUGCAUUUGUUACGAAGCUAUUCAAUGCUCCGAACGCUCGUCGCCUUUUCCUCCUCCGCUUCUUCUUCUCUCUUCUGCGACUCUUCUUCCUCCUCCUCGCGGUCCUCUCCCUCUCUCUUUCUUCUUCCCCGGCUUGAUCCCCUGCCGCCCUCGGCUAUCCCCCACCGCGCUCAGUUGCAGGUCGAGAAGAAAAGCUCCAUGGAAGCUCUGAAAGCGAGUUUAAGGCCGGAGGUCUCGCCGUCGGGACAGCAGCAGCUUUCGAGCGAGGAGGCGGGGUGGGUCGUCGAAAGGGGGAACCUUUUGGGCGAGGGGUUCUCCGUCGACGACCUCCUUGACCUCGGCGAGUUCGCUGAGAACGAGGCGGAGGAGGCCGGAAGGGAAGCGGAAACGACGAGACAUGAGGAAACGGAGAACGGCAACUCGGAUUCUUCUCCUUCUUCCCCGUCUUCGGGGCUCACCCUCGAGCUUCAGGCUCCGCCUCUGACGCCGGCGGCGGCGCUUUCGGAUAUAUGUCUUCCUGCUUGUGAUGCUGUUGAAGAACUUGAAUGGAUGUCUAUGAUCAUGGACGAUUCCAUCUCGGAGUUUCCGCCUCCGUGCGCCGGCGUAUCAUCCUUUUCUCCGCCUCAGGGAGACGGCCAAAAGGAGAAUCAGCGAGCCCGCGCAGCCGGGGAACGACCUUCUUUGUGCCUCACCGUCUGCGCGCUUUCCACCGAGGCCAUGGUUCCGGUGAAAGCCAAGAGGAGCAAGCGCUCGCGCGGCGCCACCGCCGCCUGGUCAAUGUCCGGCCCGCUCCACUUCGCGGACUCGUCCUCGUCCUCCUCCUGCUCCUCCACCUCCUCCUGCGACCCUUUCCUUAUCUACGACCCCACCGGCGCUGGCAGCGCCGUGGAGCAAAGCUUCCUCCUUUACGACGACCACCACCAACUUCCGCCUCCGCCGCAGGCAAAGAAGCAGAAGCCGAAGAAACGCGGGCGGAAGCCCAAAUUCCCCUCCUCCGCCUCCGGCCCCAACGGCGAGCGGCGCUGCAGCCACUGCGGCGUCCAGAAAACCCCCCAGUGGCGCGCUGGCCCCCUCGGCGCCAAGACCCUCUGCAACGCCUGCGGCGUCCGCUUCAAGUCCGGCCGCCUCCUCCCGGAGUACCGCCCCGCCUGCAGCCCCACCUUCCUCAGCCACGUGCACUCCAACAGCCACCGCAAGGUCCUCGAGAUGCGCCGCAAGAAGGAGACCGACCUCGUCGCCUCCUUCUAAUCUCCAAUUCCAACGGCGGCGGCCUCUGUAACGGAUCUGAAUUUUCCUCUUCCUUCUUUUAGAAUUCAAGUAGCAGUUUUUAGCAAUUUUUCUACUUGUAGCUUCCCUAGCCUUGGCUUUACUACUACAAUUAGCUCCUUCUCCUCCAUUAAUCUUCCUGUCGAAGAAGAUAGAUCCUCAGAAUCUAGUGAAUUUCCACGAAUCAGAUCUUGCAAUACUGAUUAAUUAACA